GCAAGUAUUCCCUUUUAUUUAAAAAAAUAAAAUAAAAUAAAAUAGAAACGAACAAACAAUCUCUGAUUUUUUCUAUAAAUAGGGCAUACAUUAUUUUUUAUAUUUGCAAGUAAAUUCCCUUUAUCUAUUUUUAACUUUCCUUCAUCAGCGCCGAAUUUUUCAAUUGGCAUAUUAAGCCACCCACCCUGCCCACCCUUUUGCUUUUUUGCUCUCUCUUACUGUUUCCGGCUCCCCUCUCUGCAACUUUCCUUUGCUCGCAUCAGAAGGAUUUCCAGCUGGGUGCAAAUGAGGGAUGUUCUGCGAGCAACAUGGUUGCAGUUGUGUAAAUUGAUGAAGUUUUCUCCCCCUGCUCGUACAUCUUUGAGGGAAAAAGCUAUAGCAGUAGCAGGGAGAGUCACUACAGCUAAGGAUAGAGAAAGUUCAAAGGUUUCUUGUCCGGUAUGUUGGGAUGUGAUGAAGGCAUCAGAAAACGCUGAUCUAAGAAUGACACUGGCAAUACAUCUAAGUUUAUGGCACCCUGAUGAUGUUAAGUUGCAGUGGGAUUUUAUGCAGAGGAAAAAAGAAUCAAGUGUUCAUUUCCCGUCUUUAAUUAUCGGAGUUGGUGUGGCUGUUGGAUUUGGAGCUCUUGUGGCCAUUUCAGCCAAAAACCGGACCCAAAAACUGCAUGUCAAAUAGGGAAGGUAAAUCUUGAUUGAAGUUUAGAUAGUAAAUCAUGACCAUCAACUUCAAUGAUUCAGCGCUGAGAUUUGGUGUUCUACACUAUGUUUGAUUUAGCCUGAAUGUAAAUGAAGCCCCGCUGAAUUAUUCUAAUAUUCUAUCUUGUUCCCAAAUAUAUUUCUUUAAUGAAAUUAUAUUGUU